AUGGCUGUUCUUUUCAAUCUCUUUCUUCUUUCUUGCUUCACUUUGCUAUGCUUCACUACUAGCACAACAUCCUUAACCACCACUAGUCCCACCAUCACAAAACCUAAGCGAUUGGUCAUCAAACUCAUUCACCAUAACUCAAUUUACUCUCCAUACUACAACCCUAACGACACCAUAGCAGACCGAGCUAGACAUGCCAUAGACAAUUCAAAUGCUCGUUUAGACUACAUAUGGAAGAAGAUUCAAGGGAUUUCACUAGACACAAAUGAUGUGCGCUCUGGUGCUAUUCCUGAGGCUAAGCAUUACGCAUUUAUGGCAAAUAUAUCCAUUGGUUCACCUCCUGUUCCGCAGCUCCUAACUAUGGACACAGGCAGUAGUCUAUCGUGGACUCAGUGUCAACCUUGCAUUCACUGUUUUACCCAAGCUCUUCCAAUUUUUAAUCCACCCCAGUCAGCCACGUAUAGAUUAUUACCUUGUUUGUCUACUAUUUGCCAUCAAGCUCCCAGUAUGAUUUGUCCAGCUUCACGUUGUGACUUCGAACAAGAAUACAACGAUUGCACCACUGUAUUUGGGUAUUUGAUCACUGAAAAGAUCAUCUUUGAGACUUCUGAUGAAGGAAUAACAUCGGUACCCAAUUUAGUUAUUGGUUGUGCAUAUGACGUGGGUGGUAACUUUGGUACUUUGGGUGGCCAAACUAGCGGAAUACUUGGUCUUGGCGCUCAGAUGACAUCAUUGGUGAGUCAACUGGGUUCUAAAUUCUCUUACUGCUUUGGUUCUAUAUGGGAUCUUCAGUAUAGUCAUAAUCAGUUGACUAUUGGAGAUGGAGCAAAAAUAGAAGGCCCUUCUACCCCAAUUAAAAUUUUUGGUGGCGAUUACUAUCUAACCUUAGAUAGCAUCAGCGUGGGUGAGAAAAAGCUAGAUAUUUCUCCUCAAGUGUUUAAAUUGACUGAAGAGGACACAGGUGGAGUCAUUAUUGAUUCAGGGUCAACACUUACUUAUUUAACAAAAGCUGCGUUCGAUCCACUUAAAGAUGAAGUGCUAAGCUUAAUGGAUGGCUUGGUACAAUUCGUCGGGACGCUCCAUUCAAGUCCUUGCUUCACGGGGGUUAUUGAUCGUGACCUUGCUGGGUUUCCAGUAGUUACCUUUAACUUUGCAAAUGGGGUUGACGUGGCUUUUAGAUGUAAAGAGCUUUUUUCGGCCGACAGUUUUGAAUCGUUCCUCGUAGCUGUGGUGGUUCCUGACAGAAAGGCAUUACAGGAUUGGGCAACAAACCAUAAUGUCACUGGUGAUUUUAAUUCAUUAUGCGAAAACUUGAAGGCAAGGAAAUACAUUUUAGAUUUGCUUAAUAACACUGGUCACAAAAGCCAGCUUCGAGGUUUUAAGAAGUUAAGAGCAGUCCAUUUGGAACCAAAUCCCUUUGACAUGGAGAGGGAUCUGAUAACACCAACAUUCAAAUUGAACAGACCACGAUUGCUCAAGUACUACAAGGACAUUGUUGAUCAGUUGUACAGUGAAGCCAAGUGA